AUGCCUAUUAUAACAAAUACGAUCAAUAAUAUUUUCACACGUAGAACUAAAACAAAAUCUCAAAAACGAACUCCUCGUCAAACUCCAACAAGUACAGGAAUUCGUUGUUAUCCACUUCGUAUUGGUCCUGGUGUUGAAUUAAUCUCAACAAUUCAUGAAUUAAUGAAAGAUAUUGGUGUUCAAUCAUUAUUUAUUUUAACUUGUGUUGGAAAUUUAUCAGAAUGUUCAUUAAAUUCUCGUCAAUUAAAUAAAAAAGAAUAUGAUAUUGUAUCUUUAACUGGAACAUUUGAUAAAGAAUCUCAUAAUAUAAUGGGUUCAUUUUCUGAUCCUCAAACAGGUUUAUUAAUUGGUGGUAGAAUUCGUUCUCUUACUGUUCAUACAACAUGUGAAUUAAUGCUAGCUGAACCACUUGAUUGUAUAUUUUAUCGAGAGUUUGAUCCAAGAACUGGAGAAAAUGAAUUAAGUGUUAGACGAAAACACAUAACUGACUUAUAA